CGUCUUGUGUUAGUAUUUAGAUAAUCUUGUGUUGGAGUAUAAUCUAUAGUAAUAUUCUGUACAUUAUGUCUAAUAAUACCUAGUUAAUUAGUAAUUACAUUGCAUAGAGACAAAAGGAUCUUCCACGUUGUUGCAUUAUUCUAACUGCCAACUCGGAAAUAUGGUGCAUUACUUUAAAUCAUGAGUAAGAAAGUCUACUUUUGUUUCUUCUCGCCGUCCAUAUAUAAGUGAUACAUGCUUGAUGAAAGAAAACAUCCAAAUUUACUCAAAAUUCAAACACUUGAAAGUUAAAAUCAACUUUAUCAAUUACAAGUAACAACUACCAUUCAGCUAAGUUUAGUACCAAAAGAGAAGCUUAGAGAAGGCUGCAACAAGAAAAAAAAAGAAAGAAAUGAACUCUUGUAUUACAUUACUUAAGGCACUAACCAUUUGGGUGGUCUUGGCACUAAUUAACAACAUUGGUGAGUGUCAUUCUCAUCAUACUAACAACCCUUGUUCUAGUUAUUCUCCAUAUACUCCAGUAAACCUUUCUAACCCUCCUCUUAAUCCUCCUAGUGAUUCGGUUACGCCUUCUAACCCUCCUCUUAAUCCUCCCAUUAAUGCCUUAACCCCUUCAAUAAGCCCUUCUAGCCCUAUUAUUCAUAAUCCUCCUAUAAGUUCGUUUACGCCUUUAGUAAGUCCCUCUAACCCUCCUAAUCAUCCAAUAAAUCCUUCUAAUCCACCUACAAAUUCUCCUAACCCUUCAAUAAAUCCUCCUACUAAUUCUUUGUCCCCUUCCAUAAGCCCAAUUUCUCAUACUAAUCCUCCUAUUAAUACUCCCAUAAAUCAUUUUACUCCAACAUCAAGUCCUUCUACAACUUCUCCUAGUCCUUCAAUUAGUCCUAGCUCUCAUACUAAUCCUACAACUCCUCCAAUUAAUCCUCCUAUGUUUCCUAUUACACCUUCAAGCGCCCCUAAUCCUCCUAUGUUUCCUAUCACACCUUCAGGCGCCCCUGUUCCUUCUAUGUUUCCUAUUACACCUUCAAGCGCCCCUGAUCCUCCUAUGUUUCCUAUCACACCUUCAAGCGCCCCUGUUCCUUCUAUGUUUCCUAUUACACCUUCAAGCGCCCCUAAUCCUCCUUUGAUUCCUGUUACACCUUCAAGCGCCCCUAAUCCUCCUAUGUUUCCUAUUACACCUUCAAGCGCCCCUGUUCCUUCUAUGUUUCCUGUUACACCUUCAAGCACCCCUGAUCCUCCUAUAUUUCCUGUUACACCUUCAAGCGCCCCUGUUCCUUCUAUGUUUCCUAUUACACCUUCCAGUGAACCUGUUCCUUCUAUAUUUCCUCCUACACCUUCAAACGCUCCCAUUAGUACUCCCAUAAAUUCGUUUGCACCUACACCAAGUCCUUCUAACCCCCCUAUCAAUUCUCCUAGCCCUUCAAUAAGUCCUAAUUCCGUAUCAAAUCCUUCGAGUCCUCCAGUUAAUCCUCCUACAAUUUCCAUUACUCCUUCGAUAAGUCCUUCUAGUACUCCAUCAGUAACACCUUCGAAUUCGCCUAGUCCAUCUCCCACAACUUCUUCCAAACCUUCUGGUUUGCAAGUAGGGUUCUAUAAAGGUCUAUGUCCUAGUAGUAUAGUGGACGUUGAGGCUACCAUUACAGCCAAAGUCCAACAACAUUUUCUCAAGGACCCAACUCUUCUUCCCGCCCUCCUCCGCAUGCAAUUUCAUGAUUGCUUCGUUCAUGGAUGUGAUGCAUCAAUAUUGAUCGAUGGACCUUCUUCAGAGAAGGUUGCGGGCCCCAACUUGAGCGUGAGAGGAUAUGAGUUCAUUGAUGCACUAAAAGAUGAAGCUGAAGCAGAAUGUCCUGGUGUCGUUUCUUGUGCUGACAUUAUUGCUAUUGCUACGAAAGAACUCAUUAAGCUGGGUGGAGGACCAGAAUAUUCAGUAGAAACAGGAAGAAGAGAUGGACUCAUAUCAAAAGUCCAAGAUGUGAGGCUUCCAAGCCCUUUUGCACCGGUCAUCCAAAGUAUUUUAGCAUUUCGUCAUAAAAAUAUUACUAUAGAAGAGAUGGUGGCUCUAUUUGGUUGCCACACCGUUGGAAUUUCCAACUGUGUGUUCUUUCAAGAUAGACUUUAUGAAAGUACAAGUCAAUUUGACCCAAAUAUGGAUCCAAAGCUUCGGGAGCAACUAAAACCUACUUGCCCCGAAGGCAUAACUGCAAACAAUUUCACCUUUCUAGAUCAAAAUCCAGAGAGUUCAAACAUAGUUGACAACUCAUUUUUUGAUCAAAUUCUCAAACAAAGAGGAAUCUUACCAAUAGACCAAGCAUUAGCGCGCGAUCGUCUAACUAGACGCUUUGUUCUACAAUUUGCUCAAAAUCCUGCCUUAUUCAAUGCUAAAUUGGUAAGUUCUAUGAUUAAGCUACAAGCUGUUGAUGUUCUUACAGGAGAUGAAGGAGAGAUUAGGAAGGUUUGUAGUAGAGUUAACUAAGAGUCACAAGUGUAAUAUGGGAGAAAAAGAAUGUUUUUGUUUACAUUGAGAUUUGUAUUAUUUUAUGAUCGAGGAGUACAAGAAUGUAAAAGUGUAUGUGUUUAGAGGCUUUUCCCUUUUAUUUGAGUAUAGCCUCAAAAUUGUAAGGUUUAUCAAAUAUCAGCUUUUUAUUCGGCUCUAAUAUAAUUUCAACUUUAAUUGUUUGAUGAGUUAAA